GACGAGGCGCCCCGGCCUUCACUUGUCGAUGCGAGUCAACGUUCAUCACUCGAAAGAAAUGCAGUCCACACUCCUUCUCCAUCUAGUGCUCAAUGUGCCCAAUGUAUGUCCGGACGCAUCAAAUUGCAGUGUUGGAUGGACGAGAACACUUCGUCGAAAAGGACCGACAGCGCUCAUGAGGAUUUUCCUGCAUCUUUCUUGACGAAUCGUCGUGCAGCUGACGCCUGCUCGAGGUGGCGGAAAGAAACGGUCUGGUAAUGGGGAAGAAGAGCAGGGCAGAUGCUGUCCGAUUGGAGAAAGAGGCCGAGCGCCGAAUCGCAGGAGAAGACUGUCGACAUUUUCUGAGCGACCGCUUUCCUGGUCGGAACGAGCAAAUUGAUAAUCUGCUCUGCAUUCUCGGAGAGCCAUGCGACGCCUUUCCACCGCUCCUAGUUUACGGCAGCCCAGCCACUGGGAAGACGAGCAUACUCCGAGAGUCGCUCUCGUUCCUUGGGAGGCCACAUGCUUACGUCUCGUGUCGCUCUUGUCACUGCCCGAGGCUUGUUUUCGAGUCCAUACUGAAUCAGCUAGUCGGUCAUGUUCGUUCCAGAGCCAACAACUAUGCGAGUGCUCGUAGGUGCGAGAAAUUGACAGAUUUCGUGACGUACUUGGUCGAAUUUUGUGGUCGGAAGGAGCUGGUUAGUACGAAUUGCGGAAAUUUGAAUAAGACGGUUUAUUUGAUUUUCGACAACGUGGAGCUGAUUCGUGGGUGGUCCGGCGGUAAUGUGCUCAUCUCAUCCUUGCUGAAACUCGCAGACUUAACACGUCUACCCAAUUUGGGUCUAAUUUUUGUGAGCAGCGCCGGCCCAGAUACGUUGCAGCUCGGCUCCGCGUCACGGGAACCUCUUCCGCUUCAUUUCAAAGAUUAUAGUAACGAGGAGCUGUACCAAAUUCUGACUAAGCGUCAGCCACACUCCGAGCUCUAUUCAUUCUUUCUCAAGUCUUCAUUGGCCCCCUUCAGUCGAGCAAGCAGAAAAGUGACUGAGCUAGCUGAAAGCCUCCAUCCUCUAUUCUUGAAAUACUGUGAGCCGUUUCUAAAUGGCAAAGUGAUUUUGAACGAUCAAGGGAAGCGCGAGCUUUACAAGUACAUGGAACAAUACAUUCAACCAGCGAUGGGUCAGUCGUUCUCAAUUGCAGAUCCUGACAAGGGCGUGAAUACAAAGCAAGAAUGGAAAUCUAUGAUCUACAGCAGGCCGUUGGCUAAAACUGGAUUGGGAUUCCAUUUGUCCCUCUGCAGCAGAUAUCUGCUGCUUGCAAUUUACAUUGCAUCAAGAAAUCCGUCCACCUUAGACGAUGCUCUCUUUGGCUCAGGAGAGGGUGCGAAGACGAAGCGCAAGAGGAGGUCAUCAAUGUCAGCCAUGGACAGGGACGCAGCCAUGAUGCAGGAGAAGCAGCUAAAAGGUCCCAGUGUUUGUCCUCUGGAAAGACUACUGGCAAUAUUUCAGUGCCUUGCCGUGGAUAGAAACGUCUCUUGCGAAAAGUUGACCGACUUUAAGCUUGAUUCUUCUGGAGAAGAUUGUCGACAGUUGAAGGACGUGACCUCGAACGUGCAAAUGGAGCUGGUUACACUCACCAGUGUGAAUCUAGUACUCAAAAGCUCAUCUAGCCCCCUGGAAGGACUACCAAGAUUUCGAGCUAAUGUAGACACGGACUUUAUUCACGAGGUUGCGAGAAGCAUUUGCUUUCCACUGGACAAGUAUUUGCUUAAUGCGUGAGAGAAGAGAAAUCAUCGAUUCGGGGUGACCCCGACAAAUUCUUAUCCUCUUCCUUGUGCUCCAAAGGAUGGACACCUUUGGCUCGCACUUGAGAUCUCAACCCCCGCAUUGUCAUUGAGAAUCUUGUCAGGAAAGCAGUCAAGACAACAGUGAAAAACAUAUGUAUCGUCUGUCUAUUCUCACCUCAUUUUAAUUGGGUAGUCAAAUCGUAAGGACUAAUUGGCUUUAAAACCAGAUGUCACGUUUACUACACCCUCCCUGAUAUGAAUGCAAUCUAUAAGAACUUCCCAUAUGACGAUUUGGCCAGGUUCUUCACUGUUUCCAAAUCGCAUCACAUACCGGUGUAAUAUAGAAAUUGAGGUCGGGAAGUAGCAACUACUUUUUCUUCCCGCAUAUCUCGUGGGAACCAGUAUAUACUUCAUUGGGAAACAGGAGACACUGAAAGGAACAAUUGAUUAUCGAAAGUAUGUUUGUGAGAAGAGUUGAUGUUCUCUUCAGACUGAACGUACUUUCAAGUUGUGUGUCGUUGAGUUUUCGUUACGAUUUUCUUCCAAUCAAACCAGACACCACCAUCAAUGUUAUCAUCAAUGGAGUCAUAAGGUAGAUGUCGGAGCUCUGGAUGAUUGUAUAGCAGGUCACAGUUAGAUUAUCCUAGCUGUAUAUACUAUUUAGAAGCGCUUUGAGAACUAGUACACUAUGUCAAUUUCACAUUAUGCUUGGAAAAGUUCUCUAAGCGACCAACUACAUAAUUGGU